GUCGCCUGGCGGGCCUGGGGCAGCGCGGGCCGAAGCCGGGCAGGGGGCGCCCGCCGCGGCCCGCGUGCACUCCUAGCGCCCCAGACGUGCCGGCUGACCCCAGCCCUCCUUGCCGCCUUCCGGCCCGCCGCCCCCGCCCCUCCACCCUUUGUGCCGCCGUCGCCCGGUGCCCCCGACUCCGCAGGACCCCGGCCGGGCCGGACCGCGGCGGCGCGCCAGCCCCGCGUGGGCGCCCGGUCGGCGGCCGAUGGCGAAGGGGCGCGGCGCGGGCGGGGGCACUGCAGCCCGAGUCCGCGACGCGGGAGGCCCGGCCCGCCUCCGCCGCAUUGUCCCGGGCCCCGCGCCCCGGCCCUGAGCCGCGCCGCCGCAGCGCCCGCCUGCCGCCCGCCGCCCGCGGGGCCAUGCGGAGAGCCGCCAGGAUGGAAGACUUCACCACAGAGGAAGAGGAGCCCUGGUACGACCAGCAGGACCUGGAACAGGACUUGCACUUGGCCGCAGAGCUGGGGAAGACCCUGCUGGAGAGGAACAAGGAGCUGGAGGAGUCUCUGCAGCAGAUGUACUCCACCAACGAGGAGCAAGUGCAGGAGAUCGAGUACCUAACCAAGCAGCUGGACACGCUGCGGCACAUGAAUGAGCAGCAUGCCAAAGUGUACGAACAGCUGGACCUGACAGCCCGCGACCUGGAACUGACCAACCAGAAGCUGGUGCUGGAGAGUAAGGCUGCCCAGCAGAAGAUCCAUGGGCUGACAGAGACCAUUGAGCGCCUGCAGGCCCAGGUGGAGGAGCUUCAGGCCCAAGUGGAGCAGCUGCGGGGCCUGGAGCAGCUGCGAGUGCGCCGGGAGAAGCGGGAACGCAGGCGCACCAUCCACACCUUCCCCUGUCUCAAGGAGCUGUGCACCAGCCCCCGGUGCGAGGAUGCCUUCCGCCUGCACAGCUCCUCCUUGGAGCUAGGCCCGCGGCCCCUGGAGGAGAACGAGCGGCUGCAGACGUUGGUGGGCGUGCUGCGUUCCCAGGUGAGCCAGGAGCGGCAGCGCAAGGAGCGGGCGGAGCGGGAGUACGCGGCGGUGCUGCAGGAGUACGCGGAGCUGGAGCGGCAGCUGUGCGACCUGGAGGCCUGCCGCCUCCGCGUGCAGGAGCUGGAGGCCGAGCUGCUGGAGCUGCAGCAGAUGAAGCAGGCGAAGACCUACCUGCUGGGCCGGGAGGACCACCUGGCCGAGGCCCUGCUCGCGCCCCUCACCCAGGCCCCGGAGGCCGAUGACCCCCAGCCCGGCAGCGGGGACGACUCGGCCGCCCAGGACGGCGUCUCCUCCCCGGCCGCCUCCCCGGGCCACGCCGUGCGCAAGAGCUGCAGCGACACCGCGCUCAACGCCAUCGUGGCCAAAGACCCGGCCAGCCGGCACGCGGGCAACCUGACGCUGCAUGCCAACAGCGUGCGCAAGCGGGGCAUGUCCAUCCUGCGCGAGGUGGACGAGCAGUACCACGCGCUGCUCGAGAAGUACGAGGAGCUGCUGAGCAAGUGCCGGCAGCAAGGCGCGGGCGUGCGGCACGCGGGCGUGCAGACCUCGCGGCCCAUCUCGCGAGACAGCUCGUGGAGAGACCUUCGCGGGGGCGAGGAGGGCCAGGGGGAGGCCAGGGCAGGUGAGAAGAGCCUGAGCCAGCACGUGGAGGCUGUGGACAAGCGGCUGGAGCAGAGCCAGCCUGAGUACAAGGCGCUCUUCAAAGAGAUCUUCUCCAGGAUCCAGAAGACCAAGGCCGACAUCAAUGCCACCAAAGUGAAGACGCACAGCAGCAAGUGACCCUUUCCCCCCGCCUGCAGCCUCCCCCGAGGGUCAAACCACGCCCCCCCUUGCAGCCUCUGGUGAGUGGGGGAACCCUUUAGCAGCAAUAUAGCCCAGGGGAGGCUGCUGCCUGGCCCAGGGAGCGCGUGGGGGACCCAGCCUGUUCUCUGCUGACUUGGGAGGUGUUCGACACCUCCCAGAUCGCCCAGAAGCCUCCAGCAUCCUGCGUCAGCCCAAAGACGCAGCUAAGAGUUUCAAAGCCAAACAUCCCCACCCCCACCCCCACCCCCGGGGAUUCCCAGCUCCCCAGCCCUUGGCUUCCUGACCCUGGGCCUUGCUCUCAGAUUCUUGGCCAGGCUUCUGAAAGCCAUUCUGGACCACUUGGCUUUUUCUUUUUCCUUUCAAAGUUGUUGUUUGCUUGUUUGUUUUUAGAGAUUUGCAAUGCAAGGUCUCCCUGACCCCUUGCCACAACUGGAAACACUUGAAGGGGGAUCCCAGAGCCAGCCGUUGCGGGUUCCAGGGGUCUCCUGGACCACCCACUGCUUCUCCCCAGCUGUGACACGCUGUCAUUCCCUUAGCACCAGCUGCCCUCCUCCCCCCAGAGUCCUGACCGGGUCAGAGACGGCUCCUGCCACACAGAGCCUCUGCCAGGCCCCGAGUGCCCCCACUCCAGCCCUGGUGAGCCAGGCUUUCCCCUGGAGACCCUCAGCCCACUGCAGAUCUGUAGCCAAUCAGAGGAGGGGAACAGAGAGCCCCUCGGCAGCCAUACAUGAACAGUGCACCCUGCCUCCCCCACAGCCAGCCUCCUCGGGCUCCGGCCCUGGAAAUGCCUUCUGGCCAUUAAGCCUUCCAGGAGUCUGGGCGGCGGGGAGCCCCCAUGUCUGCACGCCACCUCUGACCUGCCGAGCUUGGCCUCUGCCUGCCCCCAUCUCAGGGACCAUGACGUGUCUCACUCACUCCCAUGCUCCCCACAGGCCGACCCCUCCUCAGAUCAUGCCUGCUGCCCCCAGAAUGUCCCAGGUGUGUGCCACCAGCCAGUGGUCCUGGCAUCCGCCCCUGCCCCCCCCUUCAUGGGGGACUCCCCAAGAUUUCCCACCCUGUACUGAGCAGUGUUGAAAUGGGACCUGGUGGGGAACGUGUCUCCUCCCUCCCAUAAAAUGCUGGUUCUUAACCUCCCACCUUUGUGGGGGCCUUUUGAGGACCCAGCUGGGUCACGGGCUAAACCUUUUGUUAAGGCUUCAGAAAGUCCAGCUUCAGCUAAGAGAUGUCCAGGCCUCCACCUUGCCCUGAGCAGUUCCUCGCGGCUCCCAGUCCCUUCUGCCACCCAUCCUGAGAUCCCAGAAAAUAGAGGAGCUCCAUAGCCCGGCGGAAGGCGGCAGCCGUGGCCUCUGUGCUGGGAAUCCAGCAGGGACCUUCAUGCCUUAUCUGUUUCUAAAGGGGUUUUCGUAACAAGCGUGCCCGACCUCCCUGGAGGCGCCACCCUGCUCUCUGGGCAUCACUGUGAUGAGCGCUGUCGGCUGGUCCUUCCGUUCACACAUCUUGGAGCCCUUUGUCCUUUGGAGCUGGGCAGCUCCCAGCCCUCCAUGUGUCUCUGUUAUCUAGGGUGGAAGGGGUGGGGGGGGAGGGCUCCUGCCUGUUUGCUCCCCAUUUCUGUAGCGGCCGACCAGCGUCACCUUUGAAGUAUACAUGAGAGAAAUAUAUUUACAAAUGCUUUAUUCUCUUCUUUAAUAAAAAAUGCACCAGUAUUCUAAAAGCAGAAAUGGCCCUGGAGCCAUGGUCCUGUCUCUGUGCACCUCAAACAC